AUGGCUUCCGUUUCGGUACUUGAAUCAUUACGCCAGCAAAUUGCAGCAUGUGAAGCGCAGCUGCUAGAUCUCCGUCGGCAGCUCGUGGAAGCUGAGCAUCAGCAACGGCAGCAACGAGAGCAAGAGCGCUUGCAACGCAGUGCCCAAAAAGCCCCGGACCCCCUGGCCUAUGACUUCACUUAUGGCAUACACGACGACUUUAGAACUGAGAUUUUCGCGGCUUUAUCGCAAGACGAGGACGCGCAACAGGCUACCAAAAGAUGGCCUCUUGAGAGGACCGAGUACAAGCGCUAUGGGCGCCAGCUCAUCAUGCCUGAAAUAGGCCUGCAAGGCCAGCUUCGUUUGAGGCAUGCCUCGGUAUUGAUAAUCGGGGUCGGCGGGCUCGGAUGCCCAGCCGCAGCUUACUUAGUGGGAGCUGGCGUAGGAACGAUCGGGCUGGUUGAUGGAGAUGUCGUAGAGGAGUCAAAUCUCCAUCGGCAGAUUCUGCACUCUACAGGAAGAGUCGGGAUGACGAAGGUUGACAGCGCGGUGGUUGCCCUUCAUUCGCUGAAUCCAAUCGUCAAGCUUGUGCCUCAUCAUGGCCGGCUUACUCCGGAGACCGCCAUACCUACCUUGAAGCCAUAUGACCUGGUCCUUGAUUGCACGGAUACGCCGGCAUCCCGCUAUCUAAUCUCCGACGCAUGCGUACUCCUGGGUAAACCCUUGAUCUCAGCGUCAGCACUGCGAACUGAUGGCCAGCUGAUGGUCCUCAACAACCCCCCUCUCCCUCCAGGAGAUACAGCCGGCGGUCCAUGCUACCGUUGCGUGUUUCCUAAGCCACCACCUCCCGAGUCAGUCGUGUCGUGUGGUGAUGGCGGGAUCUUGGGGCCUGUAGUCGGGGUAAUGGGCGUACUCCAGGCCUUGGAAGCUAUCAAGGUUCUGACACGCAGCUCUCCUCUACCCACAAACGGUGCAGCGUCUGUGGAUCCUCCGAGUCUACUCAUAUUCUCUGCUUACGCUAAUCCGAUGUUCCGGACGAUACGUUUACGCACCCGAAAACCAAAAUGCGCAACAUGCUCCGCACAGGCGACCGUGACCCCCGAGGCCCUCAACUCUGGAAGCCUAGAUUACGUUCAGUUCUGCGGUAGCAUCAACCCAGUCAACACCCUUGGUCCCAAUGAACGCAUAUCGGCAGAGAAUUACGCGAAGCUCAGAUUGGACGUUAAUCCAUUCACAGGAAGGGAACCUAGCAAAGACGGGCACAUCCUUGUUGACGUUCGCGAGAAAGUCCAGUUCGACCUCUGCAGCCUCGAAGGAAGUGUCAAUAUACCAUUCUCUGUAGUUUCUAGUACGCUUGGGUCCUCCGUCAUUCGUCCAGAUGAUGCCGUCGAGAACGCCAAAGAACCGGACUGGGUGUCGGAGCUAAAAAGCCACCCUGAUAAGCCGAUCUUUGUAGUGUGCAGACUGGGCAACGAUUCCCAGCUGACAGUCAAAAGGAUGAAGAACCUUGGCCUUGACAGCGGCGGUCAGAGAUGGAUCGGCGAUAUUAAAGGCGGGCUGAAAGCGUGGAGGGAGAGCGUGGACAGAGAUUUCCCCGAGUAUUGA